AUGUCAGCCAGACUGAUAUUUCAAGCAGCUCGUCGCCCGGUUUUGCGGGGCACCCAUUUGGGCGUUGCGCAGUUUUCGACGGCUCGAGCUGUCUUGAAAAAGAAGGAGCGGCACGCUGGGGGCGGCAAAGCGUCGAAAGUCGCAGAAGAGCCCGAGAUCGACAUAUCCGCAUUGCUCGACAUCAAGGAAGUGGAGAGCUCCCUUGAGAAGACGAUCAAGGCGUUCAACGAUAAAGCCAAGCUGGCAAAGCAGGGCUCCAGCGAGCUCCAGCGAUUUACUCAACUCUCAGUCAACCUUGGUAAAACCCACGAGCAGAAACUUAAUGAGAUCGCAACCGUCGCAACCCGGGGUAACAAGGUCAUGAUCGUUGCUUUCGACCCCAAGCACGUCAAGUAUAUCCAGAGUGCGGUUGUUGGCCAACUUAAUAUGCCGGCAGAGCCUGUGGCAACCGACAAGCAGACUCUUGCCGUGACGAUUCCGCCCAACUCCGCCUCCAAAAAGGACUCGGUGCUCAGGCAGAUCAAAGAGGACUUUGAGCACUUCAAGCAGUCGCAGUCUCACCACUCCAUCGCUGCAAUCCGCCAAAAGGCGCUCAAUCCGAUCAAAAAGGCCCGAACCCAGCUCACGGCCGACGAUUUCCGCAAGCUCAACGGCCAGGUCGAAGACGUGGUGAAGCAGUACACUCAGAAGCUCACAGAUGCCUUUAAAAAGGCUAGCUAG